AUGCCGGGCGCCGGUACUUUCAAAAUCUUCGUCGGGAAUCUUUCCGAUAAAACGACGGACGCCGAUCUCAGACCGCUAUUCGAGAAGUUCGGUACGGUCGUAGAAUGCGAUAUCGUCAGAAAUUACGGUUUCGUGCACAUGGAAAACGAGCAAGUCGGCCGCGAAGCAAUUCAGAACUUAAACGGCGAGAUAGUGCAUGGUCAGGCGAUUAAAAUAGAAGCGGCCAAGAGCCGGAAGGCGCCGUCGACGCCGACCACGAAAAUCUUCGUCGGUAACCUAACGGACAAGACGCGCGCGCCGGAGGUCCGCGAGCUGUUUCAGAAGUUCGGCACGGUGGUAGAGUGCGAUAUCGUGCGUAACUACGGCUUCGUGCACUUGGACGCGACGGGCGACGUGAACGAGGCUAUCAAAGAGCUGAACGGUAUGAUGGUGGACGGGCAGCCGAUGAAGGUCCAGCUGUCCACUAGUCGCGUCCGCCAACGGCCCGGCAUGGGCGACCCGGAGCAAUGCUACCGUUGCGGGCGCGGCGGCCACUGGUCCAAGGAGUGCCCCAAGGCCAUGGGCCCCGACCGGAACGGUUUCCGCGAUCGAGCGUUCGGCCGCGACCCCUACCCCCCGCCGCCGCCGCCGCCGUUCCUCCGCGAUCGCAUGAUGGGAGGAUUUGGGGAUCCGUAUGAUGGGUACUACGACCGUGCGAGGUUCGACUCUCCCAGAGAGCUCUUUGAGAGGAGAUAUCCCGUGGGAGCUACCCGGGCACUAGAGAUGGGCGCUUCGCGCGGGGCCCGAGGGGACUUUGUGUCGCCCCCACUCCGCCGAGAGCCCAUGCCGCCAAUGCCCAGUCUGCCCCCCAUGCGCACCAGUAUGGGCUCGAUAAGGUCGUCCUACGACACCAUGUUCAGCCGCAGGAGUCCUCCACGGGGUCCACAGAUGUCGCGAGGGAUGUAUGAAGAUUUCAGCCGAGACACAUUCGAUGACAGAAGGCCUGGGAUGCGUGGUCCAUCGCCGUCUAGAAGAUACGCCCCUUAC